UGCGGAAUUUUGGUUGAGAUUGAUUUUGUGUGUUUGUUUCCUUAGCAGUAGAGAAGCGUGGCCAUGGCAACUCUUUACCUUUAAUUUGCUUCUCAAAGACUCUUACAGAGUCAAAGCCACACGUACUGAAUUAACUUGCAUACAUACGUUACCAGUAGCUGGCUUGGCGUAGCAUUUCAAUCAGAAAUCGUGUUCAUCCAACCAGUAGUUGAGUAUUGAAGCUUGCUCGUCUUUCAAAUUUCAUUUCGACGGCAAAGGGCUCCCUUUCCUCACAACAGAAUUCAUAUCAUUAUUCGAGAGCAUGCAAAUUUGAAACUUGAAACGGUUGUGUCUGUUAGUAACGUCGACGUGGUGGGUUUUAAAGUUGACAAUGGAGAAACCGACGACACCACCACCACCAUCAUCAGCUUCUUCUGUUCAAAUUCAUCAGGAGUCAGUUCCGACUAGUCCAACCUUGUCAAGCACAAGGAAGAUGAGCUUAAGCACCGCCCCGACCACCAUGGCCACCACCGCCAAACCGACCUGGCUCCUCUCCAACCUCGCCGAUGUGGAAGAGAGGAUGAAGAUGCUAGCGUUUAACAGUAAAACUCCUCAAGAUCAAGACAAUGGGGACACCUUCGCGGAGCGAGCUGAAGCUUACUACAAAACACGCCCUCAGCUGCUAUCCCUACUUCAAGACUUGUACAAUUCCUAUCUCACUCUCUCUGACCGUUACAUUCAAACAAUCACCAAAACUACUAGUCUGAGUCAGAGUCAGAUUUUUCAUCCUCCUCGUCGACAAUCUUCUCAAACCUCAACCAUUGAAUACUAUGAUUACUAUGAGCAGCAAGAUCAAUAUGAGACUAGCCAGAAUGAUUCAGAUGUGGAGAGCUCCCUCUCGUAUCAGCAAUUUCCCACAUCACUACUUGCUCAAGAUGAUGAUGAUGAUGCCACCAUGGUGUCAAGUUUUGACGCAAUUGUCGCGGAGAUUGUGAUAAAAAAUGUGGAAUGCGAUAUCCUACUUCAUGAGGUCAAUGCAUCGGAGAGGCAACAAAAUGAAUCAUCGAGGAAGAUAGAGUUGCAGAAGAGCUUGCUUGAGGUUUUGGAGUCUGAAAGGCUCAUACUACUGAAUGAGAAUGCUAAAUUGGGUUACAGAGUGGGUGCAUUGAUGGAAGAGAACAAAGCGCUUGCCUCCGAGUCUCUGUUCAUGAGGAGGAAGGCCGGUGAGCUAGCUAGGUGUUUGCUCCAAAUGAGGGAGGACCGCAGGGUCAGCAUGCUCAGCCGUAAGAUAGAGGACCUUCAGGGACAGAUUUAUGGGUUGGAGAAGCGGAACAAGGAGUACUACCAGCAACUUGUCAACAAUGAUCACUCACAACUAGGAUCACUUGAAGAAGAGAAGAAUAGUAGCAACAACAAGAAGAAGACUCGUGGUAGAAGUAGUAAUGAGGUGGAUUUGCACGUUUGCUUUCAAAUAGGAAAGAUGAAGAGGAGAGGUGGUACUGGGACGAGGACUGGUACGAGGGGUACUGGCACUGACAAGAAAGGUUCUAGUUGGUGGGGAAAGGUCAAGAACAUAGACUUGUUUCUAUGUGGACUUAACCCAACUACUACUGCUUGAAUGCUUGAUGAUGGUGUCUGAUUGCUUCAGAAACUUGAACCUAUGGACUGGAAUUAGAGAAUAACUAUCUAAUGAUCGAUCUCUUUAUAUUUAGUUAUCGUUUGUAAGGAUGAACUCCGUGGUGUACCCUCUACACUUCAUUGAUAUUAUGCCUUAAAAUUA